GUCGCCCUGAAGACGCUCUGCUUGAGCGUGAUGGUAGCGCACUCAAUAGCGCUGGCGUACGACUUCAGCCAGCAGACGGAUGUGCGUCUUGCGAUGGACAUGCUAUGCAUGCUGUCACUCUUUGUCUCCAUCAUUUUGCGUGGCACCUGCAUGCGCCAGUACCUGGCGCACAUUGACGCACUGGACCGGCUGGAAAAGCGGCCAACGUUUCGCGUCGGCACACCGUACGCCGAUGAGAGCCGCCGAAACGUUGCGCUGCAGAACAGUCGCUACCUCGGUGUGGCCCUCGUGUUUCACUCACUCACGGUAACGGUCUACGUGAUCCAGAACAUGGUGAGGGAAAAUUCGUUCGUGAAGAUCAUUACCAGCUUCCCGAUCGACCUGUCCGAGCGGGCACCGGUGCUGGAGCGGGUGGCCGACCUGUGCUACAGCCUGGUCGGGUACGUUUGGGGUUGGUACCAUGGGGCCACCCAGCUAACCAUCAUCGUCCUGCUGCGCUACGCCAUUACCGAGUUUCGCGUGUUUCUCCACUCGCUGGACAGCCUGGACGAUCAGCUGCGGCAGCGUCGCGAGCAGUCGCAGGGCGCCCCGGACGAGGAGCGCAUCCUGCGGGAGCUGCUGUACGAGCACGCACGGCACCACUCGCAGCUGAUCGUGGUCGUGACGCACCUGCGUACGUUGCUGCACAACUACUCGCUAGUGCACUUCUCCUUCUACAUGAUCAUCGUGGCCACAUUUAUGACGCGCGUCCUUAUCAUCCCCGGCAGGUCGUCGUUCGGCUUGGCCAUCCCGCUGUUGGUGACGACGAUCUACUUCCUCGAAACGUUCGGCAUGUGCAUGCUGGUGGAGAUGCUUGUGCAGUUGAAUCGAAAGGUCAGCACCAGCUUGUACGGAUUCAGCUGGCCCCAGUAUCUGCGCUACGGACGCACCAUCAAACGGCCGAUGAUGCUGAUGAUAAUGCAGGCAAACAUGACGAAAGAUUUCUCCGCCGGCGGGCUGACCACGGUAUCGGCCGAGCUGUUUGCUAAAACGUGCCGAAUGAUCUACACCAUGAUGAUGUUUAUGGCCAAUAUGGCAACGUAGAAUCACAGCCAUAACGCUUUGAGUGUAAAAUCAACUGACCUGCGACGUCAGUUGCAACAGUUGCCACACAUAAUAGGUGCCUUAAACAGUCAAAUAAAGGGCUUGCAUGAUCUUCGAUUCGCAUUUUCCGCCAAAACAAUUACGAUUGCACU